AUGAGUGCGAUAGACGAGUUUGAAGCCUUCAAUUAUGAGGCGCCAGGAGUCCUUAUUUUCUUGGGAGGAAUACUUCGGGGACCCCGGAGUGGGUUUGCAACAAGUUUCGCUGAUGCCUUCUCAGAUGAUCUGGAUACCCAACGAAGCUACGCAAGAGGUAUCCUUUCCGUAGCGUACUUUUUCUUGGUACUUUUGGUUGUGUGGUCAUUCGUCCUCAUUGUCUUGAAGAUCAAAGGUGACGAAGUUGGAUGCGCUUCCGGAUCAGCGUUUCACUUGGUUCAAAUCGACAAUGGCGAGGAUGAGUUGCAGGAAACAGAUUCUUCUUCCGGCGAUGACAGCAAUGGUAACAAAUACGAGCCUACGGAUGAACAAAGUAGAUCAGGUGGUGGCGAAGGUGGUUACGAAGUCGCCCUAUCUGACGCUGGAUCAGACCUUUACGCCGAAAGCGAAAUGCUCGAGGACCAGUCGAGCUGGGCUACAGAGCCAGAGAGAACACGUACGAAUUAUUCUCAUUUUUCGAGGAUGAAGGAAACUCCAUUAGAACGCAAGACAAGGAUGUGUUUUUUGCUUUGCAGCAUAAUUUCACUGUGUACUGUGCCAUUCAUUCUGGUGUUCUCCUUUGGGCCAAUGAAGGAAGCCACUGAAGCCGCCAAACAAGCAGUAUUGGAAGCAGAAGAUCUAAUCGAUUCGGUCUCGAGAUCUUUCGGGUCCGUCGAGGAAGCUCGUUUGAGCUCACAAGCCAUUCUCGAUACCAUGCCCCCAAGCCUUGUUGACAUUUGCCCCAACAUCAGAGCUAGUGAAAUGGAAGUUGAGCUUGGAAUCGAUCUCGGCAUUCUACUUGGAAUCGUGUACGAGGAUUAUCGGGUUACCGCGAAUCUUGUCGAUGCGCGAUUGAACUUUUUCUUCAAUGCAAUCGGUCAACUAGGGAAUGGAAGCUCAGUCUUUAAUGUCCAUGUGACUGAGACCGAAUCCAUGAUGUGGAUGGUUCCAGGACUACUGUUCUCCAUCAGUGUUCUAAGUGCAGCCGCAAUGUUUGGUUCUCUUUUGGCUUGGAAAAAGAAAUCUGGUCAUCGUUUGCAAAUGACCAUGUCAUACUUGGUGUUCCCAUCUCUUAUUAUUGUUGCACUCGCAUGCUGGGUAGUGGUUGCUCUUACCUCAAUCGGUACCAUGUUGACUUCUGACAUUUGUGCUCCAGACUCUCCCGUCCGUACCCCGGAGUCCACAGUCUACGAGCUUCUGUCCACCCGAAAUAGGGAUCAAAACGAUACUGUUUACCAAUUCGUUGACUUCUAUGCCAGUGGAUGCUCGGGAAGUGUGGAUCCAAAGGAAUACAUCACCCAUUUGGAGCGGCUGGUACAAGAGGAUAUUGAUGGUAUCUGGCGACAAAUCUCAAUUAUCGAUUCCAUUGGACGAGCAAAACUGAUUCGGGACUGUGGAGGAGACGCAUUGGUUGAUUUCGUGACUGGAUCUCGAAAUGUGGCCAAGCUACUGACAAGCAUGCGAAGAUCACUUCGAAGCGCGAGCGGGCAUCUGGAAUGUGACACACUGUAUCCAAUCUAUUCGCAAACAGUUCAUGAAGAUCUCUGUACAAACACUGCAUUAGCUUCAUCAUACGGGUUCAUCUUGUUUCUCAUUCUGGCCAUUACAACAUCAGUGGCGAUCACAUUACGGGCAUCAUGGCUGCAAAGUAUUGGCGAAGAAGAAAAGGUUUUCGAAGACGAGGACGAUAUUGCAGAGAAUAUGGUCGUCGAUGAGCACGAGGAGUACCUCAGCUACAUAUCGCAGUACAAACAUGAAUGGCAAGAUUACGAUGGAAUCGAUAAUAGUGCGGCAUCGCCGCGAGAACAUAGAGAUCGAUACUACAGUACUCACGAGCCAUCACCACGCUACGCUUCUGACCAUGACGACGAAUACUAUGAAGAUGAGACUGGUCGGGAGGCAGAAGGAUUCCGAACUGAUGCUGAAGGAUACCAGGGAUCAGACGAGUGCUCAGAAUUUUCGACCCCAAUUGAUGAAAACGCUAUCGAGCAAGUAGUUUGCCCAGCGGAAAUGGCUGCUCCCGUGACCAUGUCACCAUAUGAUGAUGUUUACUAUAACCCAAUUGAUGCCAACAGCUACGGAGAAUCUGAAGUCCUGGACGUUCCUCAACCAAUGCCUCCCCCUCUAGCAAAUUUCGAAUACAAACAAAGUCGAGCACAGAAAAUCAGAAAUCAUGCUUCUGCCCCAUCAAGUGCCCAUGCUAUGGAUCAUCGUGGACGAAGAGAGCCUGAGGGCCAAUACGCCCAGAAAGGAGAUUCGUUGCAGACCGAGAUUGAAGUCACUAGUCCCGGAGAAGAGGAGAUUACGCUGCAUUCGCGGGCCGUCUCUGAUAUAAGUUCAGUGACCAUGGAUUUCUUGAAAGAAAGCGAUCCGUAG